AUGGCUUACAGAUUAAUCACCAGAGUGUUGAUUACCGGUGCCACCGUCUUCGGCCGCGCCUUUACUCUGGCUUACAAGGAAGCUGCCAAGGCCAGUGCUGCUGCUCAAGCCACUGGUGCUUCGAAACAAAGAUCUGUAGGAGGAAUCCCCGUAGACGAGGCCCUCAAGAUCUUGGAUAUCGACCGUUCCAAGUUGAAUAUGGAGGAGAUCGACAAAAAGUACAAAUAUCUCUUUGAGGUCAACUCAAAGGAGCAAGGUAACUCGUUUUACUUGCAGUCGAAGGUCUACUAUGCGAUGGAUCUGUUGAAGAAGGAGCUCGAAUACCUACAGAAACUCAGCGAAACUGAGGAGAAACCGUCGGCAUAG